CAAUAAAACCUUAUCUCCAACGCCAUUUUUCAUUAAGUUGAAUGUUAUUAAUGUUAUUAAUUAAGUUGGUGAAUGUUAUACUUGUUUGGUCUUUAAAAAUAAUCAAAAGUAUAUCCCAAAAAACACAGUUUACAUCCGACAGACUCAAACACGGCGUUCCUUACGUUACGAUUAGACCGGAACUUUGCAGUUCCGAUUGGAUGCAUCAUGUUGCUCUCGAAAUCUCGAUGUAUCGCAUCAGCUCGCGCGUGAAUGUUCGAUAACAGUAUGUCGUCUGACACUUGAUUUUCGCUUGUACGUUUGUUGACUCAAUUUUGCACAACAAACUUACGCACCUUUGAAUUAUCUUUCGCCUUAAUGGCGACGAAUAACGAGGCGUGUUGUUUCAUAUGAUCGCGGCUCAGUAAGAGAAGAACAUAGACGAGACGGCGCCGAGAGCCACUCUAACCUCAAAAAUACACGUCCCGUCACUUAUGACAGAGUGAAGAGUCCCCGAGCGAGCUUCCCGUCGUCGAGCUUCGCAGCAUGACCGUCUGGGAGAGACUGCGUAAUCCGUGCGGUUGGCGCGUGGGUGCCAAGCAAAUCUCCGUGGAUGCGAUGUUACCGCUUCUGGUGGUGCCGGCAUUGGCGGUGAUCGCUGCCCAGGCCGUUCUCUGCACGGUCGUCGUGUUCGUGGCGACGCCGGUCCUCGUGUAUUACCUGCACCAUAACUUCCUGCGGUUUCUGCUGCGCACCAAGUUCUUUCUCAUGUGGACAAUCACGAGCGUGCUGAUGCUGAUGCUUGUAUUCGAGGUGAGUGUGGUGCCGCUGCUGGAGAUUCUGCCUGAGGAGAAUCUGCUGUUCAUGGUGUGCGUGGUCGGUGGUAUCUGGUGCGGUUAUCGGGCUAAAUUGAACGCGGAUUACGCAGCCCAAGAAGGCACCCUCGUGCAGGGUCUGGAGCUGGGCGAGGGCAGUGGCGAGUUGUGUACCACGUGCAGGAGAAGGGCACCACCUAGGGCCUAUCACUGCCGUCUGUGUCAGACAUGUAUACUCAACAGGGAAUAUCAUUGCAAAUGGCUAGACUGCUGCAUAGGUUCAAGUAAUCUGAGGUGGUACUUAGGCUGUUUAUUCUUUUCUGCCAUCGCCUUCAUCUAUGGUUCCAAUUUAACGAUGACUAGUGUCUGUCAUCCGUUCAUACUUAUUGGAACUGUACUUCUACCGGAUGAUUGCAGUGAUGUGUAUCACCAGUUAGACAUUGCCCUUUGCUUUGUCUCCGCUCUCUACAGCCUCCUGGUCGGUCUAGUGGUCUUUUGCUAUUUCAUGUAUCACCUUUGGUUGCUGUAUCAAGGCACGACGUCGAACGAGCGACGGUUGGAUGCUGGAAGUCAGUAUGAUCAUGGAAUACUAAAAAAUGUCUCACGGUUAUUUUGUUGCAAAACCUAGGUAGUAAUUGUAGGCUAAAUUAACGAAUUUACUUUGCAAAGUGUACGUGCUAUGCUCCGUACAAAAUAUAUUGCGAAAUCAAACUAGAGAAUUAUCAUUGAAGGUUAUCACUGAAGCUGAAAGAUCUCAUUUAAGACACUAAGUUACUAAUGCCUAUCUCUAUCUACAUCGAUGAAAUAUUAAUUCAAGUUUAAAUCUUUGUCUAAGAAGAAUAUAAACUCUUAGAUUAAGAUUCUUGGUGUUUUGCCGCAGAAUUCUUGGUUUAUGACACCAAAAGUGACGAAACGCAUGUCCAAAAUUCUUACGAAAUACGCUGCAAUAAAAGGAUAUGUUCAUAAAGUAUCCCUUGGAAUCGAUUGAGCACGUUUACAAGAUAUUCCGAAAACUUUCCUUUUGUUCUCUCAACCAAUAAAUAACUGUUAACGUGUUAUAUAACCUUUCUUUUUAGUCUACCUUUCCUUAUGAUUUUCUCAUGUUAAUCUUACGGCUAUUUAUUAAUUAUUAAAGCAAAAGAAAAGUUCCCGGAAUACUUUACGAAUGUGCUCAAUUGGUCAAAAUUGUCAUUUUAUGAAUAUAAUUUUUUAUUUUGAUGUAUUACGCAAGAAUCUUGAACAGUCGUCUUGUCUCUUCCGAUGUUAUUAAUCGAGAUAGCCGCAAUAGGGACACAGAAGCCUUAAAGUUUAAUCGACAUUGGUAGAAAUAGGCACAAAUUAACGAUGAAACGGUGAAUUAGAACAUACCUGUUACCAUCGGUGCGCCAUAUCGAUAGAGCGACUCUGUGUAUGUAUAUCAGGUAUAUCAGUAUAUACUUGCGUGUUUAAAGAUUCGUAACUUCAGGCGAGUACAAUGUCCGCGCUUUGCUCAUAACGUUGCCCUCACAGGGCCACAUACGGCGACAUAUCGCGAAUCAUCAGCUCGCAUUAUAGUCAUCAUUAUUCUUAAUGUAUCAUUGUGCAUACCAUUUGUAUAUUUAUUGUAACUGUGAUAAAGUGGCCAUUGUGUACGAGUAAUAUAAUAAAUUAUACUAAUCAAAUAUAUCUAAAACACACACGAGUCCGAGUAAAGAGGAGAAAUCUGAAUAUACAAAUAUAUAGUGACAAUUUACAUUUUAUAUUCUGCGCAAAAAAGAACGAAAGAAAGCUGCUUUAUCUUACGUGUACUUAAAGAAUAAAGCUCCUCUUUACCUCAUCUGGGUACAAAGCCAACAAUUGUCGUGUACAGUGAAAUCUACGUUACAUAACAUACGCACAGACACAUACAUACAUACCUAUGUGUAUAUAUAUAUUCAUAUUAUUUUUAGUCCUCUAUUAAUACACCCCUUUGUCUGGGAUCGAAAUCUGGCACUACUUCUUGCACUAUCUCUCGCCACGAAUUCUUGACACGCUCGCUUUCCACGAUAUCGGGGACUAUCUUCGAAUAUCUUUUCCACAUACAGAAGCAUUUUAUCUUUAAUUUUUCCUCGUAAUAUUCCGUGGCUAAACGCUCGUUCUUCAGUCGCUCCGUUUUGUACUCCACGGCCUUUAUCUUCCACAAUUUGAAACACUUGUUUUGCAGUCUCAUGUCCGAGAAGUCCUUCGCCACUUGUUCUUUUCUCUUUUCCUCCUUCACGAAUUCUCUCCACUGCUGUAACAUGCGCCACGAUAUAUUCCUAUUGUACAACACUGUGGCCAGUUCGAUCUUUAUUUGAUUCUGAUAUUCUGUUUCCAUCUUCCAGCUAAUAAAUGCUUUUCGCAGUAGACGCCGUUCGUAGUGAUCGUUUGCUUUACUCAUAUAAUUGGUCUUCCUUUCGACGAGUGCGACGAACGGCUGCAUUAUAUAACGUCGCAACAGGUGCUUGCGAUAAAACGCUUCCGCCAUGGCGUUCAGUUCCUUAUAUCUUUCUAUCUCGCGUGCCCGCUGCUGCUCCCGUUCCUCGCGCAUUCUUCUUGCUUCACGCUGGGCCUGGUAAGCAAUAUUAAACUUGCAUAUACUUCUAAAUGUAGCGUAAACGGCGUUAGAAUAAACACGAUUAUAUUGUAGAAUAAGUUAUAAGAUGUAAAUUAAUGUGCGUAUGUAUUGUAUUAGGUUGGUGCAAAGGAUUUGUCAAUUUUUCAAUAGAAUAGGAUGUUUGGAUAUUAAGGCUUCUAGUUCCUCAUUGCGGAACUAGAUUGAUAAUGUCAAAAACGAGAAAAUGCAUACCUAAAAAUCUUGCAAAGUACAUCAAAUAUAUUAACACUUUUCUAGUCGAUUAAGCAUAUUUCUAAAAUACUCCAAACAUUUUUUUUGUUGUAACAAUCAAUAAAUAACCGUAAAAUUAAUACAAUAUACGACCUUCCUUUUUAGUCUAUAUUUUCUCAUUAUUUUGCUGAUAUAACUCAUUUUAUUCGUAAAAAUUAUUAAUUCUCAAAAAUUGGAUAAUUUUCUUUCCUAUUUUAUUUGAGAAAUAUAACAAAUUUUUUGCACCAAUCUGAUAUAUUAUGGUAUAAUAUUUAAUGACGAUGUCCUUCGUGACGGAUAAUUUUGCUCGCAAGGUAAAAACUGCGUACUAAGUGUACGUUAUAAUGCACAUCUGGUAUGAUAUUAAUAUACUUUGACCUCUCAUAUUAUCUGA